UUGGCUUUGCUCUUCGCCCUCUUCCCCACCACCUCUCUAGAACCCCACACCUUCUCCUCCUCUCCUCUAGGGUUUAGCGGCCGAGCUUGCUACAGAGAGCAAAGCGUUCCAGAAGCUCUGCGCGGCGGGCGGGCGGGCGGUCUGGCGAUGGCCGCGCUGCCGGCCGUAGCGGCGGCGGUGCUGGUAGUAGUGGCCGCGCUGUGCAGCGCCUCGGCGGCCGCCGCCGCUUCCCCGGCGGGCGGGCCCCACAUGGCGGACCUGAGCGUGCUCCUGCCCCCGCGCAUGUCCAAGCCCGUCGAGUACCGCCUCAUCGGCUGGGACGGCUGCUUCACCUGGUCAUUGGAUCAUCAUGACAUUAUUUCACUUAAACCAGAGUACAAUGACAGCAGCAGAUGCUCGACUAGUGCUCGUUUGGCAUCAAUCGCCCCUUACAGUGGCCGGAAGGAAACUUCUGUCUAUGCCACUGAUAUUAUUAGUGGAAUCACGAUACACUGCAAAGUUUUCGUUGACAAGAUUUCUCGGAUCAGGAUUUUCCAUCAUGCUGUUAAAAUUGAUCUGGAUGAAAUUGCCACAUUGCGUGUUCAUGCCUUUGAUGAUGAAGAAAAUGUGUUCUCAACAUUGGUGGGAUUGCAGUUCUUGUGGCAGCUUACACCGACGUCGCUUGAUAACAGUAGCCAUCAUCUUGCUCAUAUUCCACUGAAAGAAACACAUUUAAGUGACUGUAGUGGUUUUUGUGGUGAUAUGAAUGCACGGUUUGAGCUUGAAGACAGGAAUCUUGGUUCUGAUUUCUUUGUGGUGAAGGGUAUUGGGAUUGGCCAAGAGAAAGUUAGUGCUCAGUUAUUUGAACCACAGUUCGAGCAUGUGAAUGAUGCUAUCACCUUGACUGUUGCUGAAGCUAUGUCACUAGAACCCCCUUCACCUGUCCUUGUAACUGUUGGUGUUAUGGUAAACUUCAAACUCAAGAUUUUUCGGCAAAAGGUUGCCCAAGUGGUUAAUCUACCAUCACAAUAUCAUCUUUGGCACGUGAAGAACUCUUCUGUGGCUCAAGUGGAUAGUUCCUUGGGUGUGGUACAUGCUUUGAGUCUGGGAUUUACUAUUGUUGUUGUUGAAGACACAAGGGUUUCUGGCCAUCAGCAAGUAUCAUCUCUACAUGUUAUUAUUCCACGGACACUCUUUCUUUAUUUAGUUCCUGUUGUGGACGAUUCUGCUCAUUUUCAUGGCACAACAAAUAUCCCAUACUCGGAGGUGUGGUAUGUUUUUCCUGGUCAAAAAUACAUGGUUCUCGCGAAAGCUUUUGCAGAGGGAUUUGAUACUAGAGAGAUAUUUAUUACAGAGGAAAAUGAGCUUAAAUUGGAGAGCAGCACAGAGGAAUUCUGGAACUUAUCGCGGGUUCCAGACAACUCUGUAGGCUCCUCUGAUGUGCAAACUUCUAGAUUGCUACGACCCGCUUCUGAGGGAAAAGGAUAUAUAGUUGCCUCGCUAACUUACCUAGCAGAGGCAUCUGGGUCGCCAAAGGUUCUCAAGCUUCUGCAAGAAGUUAAUGUAUGCAGUAAAGUGAAGGCAAGCUGGGAUGAAGGAACAGAGAACUCUAAUAUUAUUCACCUACCUUGGGUUCCUGGAGUUUAUCAGGAAGUCAAUCUGAAGGCUGUUGGAGGUUGUGGUAAGACACUGGAGGACUACAAGUUAUCUUCAUCUGAUGAAAGUGUUGUUUCUGUGUCUGAUUCCCGUACCGUGCAUGCCAAAAGGCCUGGUCAAGCUGUCAUCAAAGUAGUUUCUGCCUUUGAUUCCCUGAAUUUUGAUGAGGUCAUUGUUGAAGUAUCCACUCCUUCAGCACUGGCUAUAUUGCCAAUCUUUCCUGUGGAGGUGGCUGUUGGAGCACAACUUCAUGCUGCUGUGACAUUUAAAACAUCUACUGGACACCCAUACUCAAGAUGUGAUUAUUUUAGUGCUUUUAUAAGGUGGAGUCUACUAUCUGAGAAUCAAACUUUUGAAGUUGUUGACACGGCUGAGGCUUCGAGCAUUGAUGCCUUGAAACGUUAUGCUGGUUCUUGGGCACAAUAUGGCAAUCCUUGUUCUUGGGUAUCUCUAAAUGCAUCCGCUGCUGGUCGAGCCACAGUUGUUGCAGCAUUUUCCUUUGAGCCAGAGUCCUAUUCUGAGACUUUUAAUGUGCCUAUUUUUCUGAAGGCCACUUCAAAAGUAUCUGCAUACUAUCCUCUUGUGGUACUUCAAGCUGGAAAUGGAAACCAGUUUGGUGGCUACUGGGUUGACUUAUCUAGAUUACAGAGUGGGAUUCAGAAUAUGGAUAACAACUCUCCCAAGGAGCUGUAUUUGGUUCCUGGAUCAACUAUGGAUGUCUUUCUCUUUGGAGGCCCCGAGCAGUGGGACAAAGUGGUUGAUUUUGUCGAAACUGUUGAUGCUGUUGGCGAACCGAAAAAUCAUAUUAUUGCCUCUACUGUUGUGCAAAAAUUAGCUAAUGGACUAUACCGAGUAUCUUGCCAAAGCAAAGGGAACUUUAAACUGCUGUUCUCACGUGGAAACAUGAUUGGGAAAGAUCAUCCUGUGCCUGCUGUAGCCAAAUCGGAGUUCACAGUUGUUUGUGAUUUACCAUCAGCGAUAACAUUGAUUGCAAAUGAAAACGAAAACCGACUUGGUAUUUUGCAAGUGGCAAGCAAAGCUGACCGUAGCCCCAAUAGACUGCAAGCAUCUCCUGUUGUAAUCUCAAAUGGAAGAAGCAUACGUUUAGCUGCUGCUGGUGUACAUGGAAAUGGAAGAUUUUUUGCCAAUUCAUCUUCUCUUGGCCUGAAAUGGGAAAUCACCGAAUGUGAGGGACUUGCUUAUUUAGAUCAAGAUGAAGCUGCUGAAACCUUAUAUCAGUCAUCUUGGGAGAGGUUUCUUGUCCUACAGAAUUCAACAGGACUGUGCACUGCCCGUGCUACAGUCAUUGGCUUUUCUUCCAGAAUUCCUAUCCAAAUCCAUGAGGAAGAACACGCGUUUCUUCAAAGCGUGCAUGAUAAUCUCACAGAUGCUAUUCAGUUGCAGAUUAUUUCUUCCUUACGAGUCAUUCCAGAGUAUGUAUUGUUAGUUUCCCAUCCUGAGGCACAGGAAACCCUAGCUGUCAGCGGUGGUACAUGCUUUCUAGAUGCCUCUACAAAUGACACACAUGUGGUGCAAAUAGUUCAGCAUCCAGGGAAGGCCCUAUGUUACCAGUUGAUUCUUGGUGCUAGGGGCUUGGGCAUUGCUGUUGUGACGGUCCAGGAUAUUGGCCUUUCUCCUAGAGUAACAACUAGUUCUCUGGUUAGAGUUGCAAAUGUUGACUGGAUUCGGAUAGUGUCAGAAGAGCACAUUAGCAUUAUGGAAGGAACCACAAAGGAUUUUCAAAUUUCAGCUGGAACUGAAGAUGGACUAGUCUUUGGAGAUUCUCAGUACAAAUACAUGGGAAUAGAGGUACAUCUUGGUGAUGAGAUUCUGGAGCUUAUUAAUCCUAGCGAGUCGCUUGGUGGACCAAAAUUUUCAAUCAAAGCUGCCAAAACUGGCAUGACAUCUCUUUAUGUCAGUACCAAGCAACAAUCUGGGCAAAGAAUUUCGAGUCAGGUUGUAAAUGUGGAAGUGUACAGACCACUGCAAAUACAGCCUGGGUACAUCUACCUCACACCGGGUGCCUCUUUUGUGCUUUCUGUUAAAGGUGGUCCAAAGGUUGGAGUUUCCAUUGAGUACACAAGUCUGAACGGGGAAACUUUGGAAGUCCAAACUGCUACUGGAAAGCUGUCUGCAAAGACUGUAGGAAAUUCUACUGUACGUGCAGCUGUUUUGGCAAAUGGAGGCACCGUUGUCUGUGAAGCUUUUGGAAAAGUUGAAGUGGGUAUCCCAGUGGCUAUGAUAUUGAGUACUCAAAGCGACCGUCUUUGUGUUGGCUGUAGCAUGCCAAUCUACCCUUCUGUGCCUAAGGGAGAUCCAUUUUCCUUCUACGAAACUUGUCAAAGUUACACUUGGAUGAUAGCAGACGAGAAGGUGGUGACAUUCCAAUCAGCUAGAUCUUGGCAAAACGAGCUCGAUCAAGCCGUAUAUUUGGAAGGGAAAAACUAUCCAUGGUUAUCCAAUGGAAGUAGCAAUGCUUUUAUCAAUCAUGUGAUUGGAAGAUCUGCAGGGAAAACCAAAAUUUCUGUUUCAGUUACUUGUGAUUUCUCGCUACAUGGCAGUUCUGGGUCUUUAUCUUAUAAUGCCUCCAAGACAAUUCUGGUCAUACCAGAUCCUCCCCUUGCACGUGGACUUCCUAUAACAUGGCUAUUCCCACCCCUUUAUACUACUACAGACCUUUUACCAAUAUCAGUUAAUUCAUUUGGAGGACCAGAUAACCUGGAGAGUACUGUUGGAUAUUCUCUGCUAAGGAGCAGCGGUAGAAGAGAUUCUGCUUUGCAGAAUGCUAACAUUAUUGAUGGAAGUAAAAUUAGGACUGGAGAAAGCAAUUCAAUUGAUUGUAUUCAGGCAACUGAUCAAUCAACUGGCAGAACAGAAAUUGCAUCAUGUCUACGAGUUGCUGAGGUGUCGCAAGUACGAGUAGCUGCUGCAGAAUCAUCAAUCCAGAUAGCCUAUCUUUCUGUAAAUGAUAAAAUUCAUCUGGAUGUAAAAUAUGCUGAUGAAUUAGGUUAUAUCUUCAGUGAGGCUCUUGGAAUUGCACCCGUAACCAUUGAGACAAAUUAUCCUGAUGUUGUGUCCAUUUUCGUGUCUAGAGAUGGCAAUAUCACAUACAGUGCCCAUCAACGUUUUGUGUUACAGGCGAGAAGUCAUGGGACAGCUCUUGUAAGGUUGCAUAUCAGCCAUCCUUCCAGAAAAUCGGAUUUUAUAAUGGUAUCUGUCGGUGCACAAAUGCAUCCUAGGGAUGUGGUGAUCCAUUCCGGCCAGCACCUCAACUUCACUAUUAUCGGGGACCGCAUGGAUGUGCGUGGAUCUGGUCAGUGGUUAAGUAGCAAUGAAAAAGUAAUGCAUGUUAAUGAAAUGACUGGUGAAGCACAGGCAUGUGGUGAAGGUAUAGCAGAAGUGAUCUUUAAAGGCCCAAAUCUGAAGCUCCAAACAACUGUCACUGUGCUCAAGGUGAACCAGAUAGUUGUUGAUGCUCCUCUCGAUAUACUGACUAAUAAUGCUCCCCCACCUGAUGGUUACAAGUUCGCUGUAAGAUUAAGUGAUUCAGCUCGGCACAGCACUGAGUCCUCUGUGAAUCAGAUCAAUGUCCCAUUUGAUUGCAAGGUUGAACCUUCUUUUGUUGGGUUUGUCGAACCGUGGAGUGACCGUGAUGCGAAGAAAUCCUACUGUGUUUUUCAUCCAUAUUCACCUGCACAGUUGUUACCUGUUAAGUUGAACCCAAAGGAAGGGUUUUUACACAUUACAGUUCGCGCAAAUCUAAAAGAAGAUCCAACGGUGACAGGAUCUGCACAUGCCCUGUUCGUCAAAGGGUUUUACAUUAAAGAACCUGGAAAGAUAAAUUUGACUCCAAGCUGCAACCAUAGCAUCAUCACUGUUGGUGGGAAUACUGAUGUUGAGUUAUUCUGGAGUGCUAAAGAUUUAAUGUCAGUUAGACUUCUUGAUACAAAUGAGAACAUGGGUGGUCCUAGUCAAGUUGUUUACCGGGUUGAAGCACUCAAAAGGCAAAGUUUCUCUGACAAGGUCACGAUAGUUCUUCCAGCCACUGGCCAGACUGAAGAGGUUGAAGUUGGCUAUGUAACAGGAGACAGACCAGAGCCAUCAUCGUCGUCAGGCUUAACCACAUUAGCUGUUAUCCUUACAUGCAUCGUUGUACCAAUAGCUACACUUGCACUCUUCAUGAAGCUGCUGGAGAAACCAGCCCGACAGGCACCAUCACGACGCGCAGCGCCUGCACCAGCAGGCCCUGCUGUGGCCCCUGAUCCCGCGUCCCCGGCUAAUGGCCAGUUCUCUCCUCGUACACCCCAGCCUUUCAUGGAGUACGUGCGGAAGACUGUCGAUGACACGCCGUACUACAAGCGCGACGCAAGGAGGCGAUUCAACCCCCAGAAUACAUACUGAGCACGUGUAAAACUGGGCAGUAGUGGCUUAUGUCCCUGGAUUACUGUUUAGACAGGUAGUUGAUACGGAGUAGAGCCUUGUAAUUCGUGUAGCGCCGAUACCAUGCUGUCAAUUUUCAAGUUGUGGCAGCAUAUUUAUAUGUCUGUAUGAGCAAUGGCUGGUCCCCUUUUUGCUGAGAAAACACUAGAGCUAGAUGACUCAAUCCAGUGCUGCAGUUCAUGUUUGUGAUAGCUUUGUAACUGUAAAGAACUCCAAGGCCCUUUGUAAAUGAGGUGGCAUGGUUGUCAGGAUGCCAUUUUUGUGUA